AUGGACCAACCGGCUGCAUCCUCGUCCAAUCAGGACCCUCGUUUCGACUUCAUAGGGUCUUACGCAGUCAAAUCUUUAAAACUAAAGCCGGAGAAAUGGAUGAGGGUGUUGGGUUUAGAAGAACACAGGUCUACAUUAAAAGACUUUGUGGACAAACCCUUCCCCAUGCUUUUGGUGGUGGUCCUGACAAAUGCGCUGCAGUUGGUACCGGUCAUAUCAUUCCCUUGUUAUCUGAAGAAUAAAGCCGUUUACUAUGUGAAGAAGAAGCCUGAACCUAUACCGAAAAAAGAUUGCGCGUCUAUGGUAAUAUUUGGUGAUCUAGCUCCAAGACUAAUAGAUGAACUAGCAGCGUUAGUGGAUGAAGUGUUUGUUCCUCUGCUAUCCAAUCCACUGAACCAUGAAGGCUGGCCGUUGGUUGUAUCACAAGAUAUUCUCAAACAAAUCCACAAUCUCAAGAGUACUGUGUAUGAGGUAAAAGGCAAAGUAAACGGCCAAACAGUCCUACCGAUGCCGGUAGGAGUAGAACUAGUUCAUGAAGCAGAGAAGGAACUGCUUCGAGGAAAGGAGGUGGACCUAUAUUUGAAGAGUGCGAUAGAAGGCGUGGUCAUCAAGUGGGCGCAGCAGAUCAAUGACGUCAUGAUGGAGGACUCCGGACAGGCUUUUGAUAAUGGACAGAAUCCUUCGCCUAGUGUCGAAUUGGCAUUUUGGAGAUCACGACUAAGCAAUCUGAACUACAUAUACGAUCAGUUGCGUACGGAGAGAGUGCGAUGUAUGGCUGUUAUAUUGGAGAAAACUACAUCAGCCUACUACCCUUGCUUCAGCAGGUUAUUCAAGAACAUUGUGUCAGCACUGGCUGAAGCUCGAGAAAUCGAUCUCUAUCUGCACACAUUAGAGAAACAUUUCCAAGGUCUAGAAGAAAUUGACUUCACGGAAUGUCAGCCAUUGUUCAGACCCUUAUUCCAUGUCAUCUGCAUGAUCUGGAGAGAUUCUAAGUACUAUUGCAAUUCCUCCAAGCUGAUAGUGCUGCUGAAGCAAAUAGCUAAUCUGCUGAUUUAUCAGGCCAAAAAAUGUCUCGACCCAAGCACGCUAUUCCAUAGCGACAUAGACGAAGCAACUCUACGGAUACAAGUCACGAUAGACAUACUCAAGAAGUUUAAAACUACCUUCGAAUAUUUCAAAGAAAAUCUGGCAAAAUAUUUCGUGGACAGACGAGUGAUUCCUUGGACCUUCCAUCCUAACGUUGUUUUCGAAAGGCUUAAUAGGUUCUUAGACCGGCUCAAUACCAUACAAUGGUUCUUCAAAACAGUUUUAGAAUUUCAAAAGCUAGAGAAGAUAGAGAUUGGUGGAAUGAAGGGAAGAGUCCUUGGUGGUGAAAUAAGACAAAUAUCAGCAGAAUUUGACGCAUACUUUACUGGCUUUGCAUCAAAAUCUUAUGACGUACUAGAUCCAGAUGACGACACAUUUAACGUUGAUUUCAAAGACUUCCAAGAGAACAUAAUUGAUUUAGAUCUCAAACUUUCAACCGUCUUGGUUGAAUCGUUUGAUAAUUGUACGACAUUAGAGUCUAUUUUCAAGUUGAUUGAUGUUGUGGGUUCGGUCUUGGAUCGACCUUUGAUCAGCAAGGAGUUCACUGCGAAGUAUGUUGAGAUCAUUGUUAUGCUUGAAGAAGAAAUUAAUACUUGCGAAGAACUAUUCACUGAACAGAGUAACCGACUGGAGAAGUACGGUAUGAUGGAGGUGGACGAGUACCUGCCUCCCGUCGCCGGCGGCCUCCUGUUCAUGACUACGCUAGCUGCGAGGAUAACCAAGCCUAUAGCUAGCUUUCGCAAUUUGCCGCACCCGAUAAAGGGUACGGAUGAAGCGAAGAAAAUCUUCAUAAGACACGAAGAAUUGAUUGAAAGGAUCAAUGAAUUCAAGAGAAAAUAUUUCAACGACUGGACUUUAACUGUCCCCAAAAUUAUUGAAGACACGACAAACAAUAUGAUAUUGGCACGUCAAGGAUCUGAUUUGAUUUUGAAUUUUCAUCCAUUGCUGUUAGAUGUCCUGAAAGAAGUUCAUCAUUUACGUUCAAACGAAGAGUACAAAGACAGCUUACCAGCCGAAGGGUUAGCUAUAUUCGAGAAACAGGAGACGUAUCGACAGUACAGGAUCAACUUGGGCAUAACAAUUGACUGGUAUAAUCAGAUUAGAAAGAACAGUCAGAAAGUGGAGUUCGAUUUAGUAGAGGAUGAGAUAAAAGCAAUUGAUCAAAGGAUUGAGAUGGCUCAGAAUAAACUUAACUGGAAUUCCCAAGACCUAUGGAAUUAUUUGCAAGAACUACAUAGAUUAGUCGGUAAUCUAUUCGAAAGAAUGUCGAAGAUACAAGACAAUUUGGUGGAAAUUAAAGAAACUAUGAAGGAUUGGUCAGUGCAACCGUUGUUUGAAAGAAAGGAAGGCAAGAAGGAUACUUUAAUGAAUUUAGAAGAUCGACCAGAUAAGAAAGCAAAACGUUACAGCGAUAUAGUGGCGACGGCUAAUCGAAUCAAUGAGUUGUUGAAUGAAAACAUGCAACUGUUUAACAUGCAAGACAAUCAGAAUAGCGAAAUCUGGAUGAAUUAUGUAGCUUUCAUCGAUGCACUGUUAGAAGAAGCACUAUUUAAGACUAUUGCAUGCAGUUUGGGCUACAUAUCAGAACAUAUGAAUCCAAAAAACAAAUUAGCUCCUUUAUUCGAAGCCCAACUGGAACUCUGGGACCCAGACAUGGUUUUCGUUCCAAGCUUAGAUCCAAGCGAUGAAAAGGGAUUUACAGCAUUGAUCAAAGGUCUUAUUGAUGAUGUAUUGAAUAUGGCUACGUUAAUUGAAAGGAUUGAUAAACAGAAAGAUCCAACGUAUGAAAAGGAAAUUAUUGGUAGUGAAGAUGUUAUUGAGAUGAAGGAAGAAAUACUGAAUGGAAUUGAGAAGGUAAUUGAAGAUGCAAAUGAAUUUUGCAAAACAUUCGAGAACUAUUCGUACUUGUGGCUUGAAGAAAGAGAUGCAGUGAUGGAAAUAUUCCUUACUUAUGGUAGAAUACUAACACCUGAUGAAGUGGACAAACUAGCUUUAGACGAAAAGGACAGAGUCGAAGGAGAGGGUCCUGUUCCUUGUGAGCCUAAAAUGGAAGGUUUUAGAGAGCAGAUUGAUCACUACGAAAAUUUAUUUAUGGAGAUAGAAGAUAUGCAGCCGUAUAAAAUCUUUAACAACUGGUUUCAGGUGGACAUUAGACCAUUCAGACAGGCUUUGCUCAACACUGUGAGGAAAUGGGGCAACAUGUACAAAGAGCAUCUUGUCAACAAAGUAACUUGCAGUCUCAGUGAUCUGGGCAACUUCAUACGAGAUGCCGAUGAAGGCCUACUUCAACCGGUACCAGAAGGAGAUUAUGAAGCUCUAGUCAGAAUAAUGGGAUACCUCAUGCACGUGAAAGACCGCACAGUCACAACAGACGAUAUGUUCCAGCCGUUGACUGAAACUAUCGAGCUCCUUAAAUUCUAUGAUAUGGAUAUACCUGAAGAAGUCAAUGUAUUGCUUCAGGAACUUCCCGAACAAUGGCAAGCGACAAAGAAAUUGGCGUUAACAGUAAAGCAGCAAGUAGCACCGCUACAGGCAGCAGAAGUGUCGGGUAUUAGGAAAAAGAUUUCCACAUUCGAUAGUCAUGUCACUUACUAUAGGGAAGUUUUUAAGAGAUAUGAGUUCUUCAAAUAUGACUGUGAAGAUCCUUACGAAGUAAUGUCCAGAGUAGACCAUGAACUUUUGUUCUUGGAAGAAGAGAUGAGGGGGAUACAGGAGUCUGGGUCACUAUUUGAAGUGAACGUACCUGAAUUCAAGUUGCUGAAGCAAUGUAGGAAGGAAUUAAGAAUGCUGAAGCAACUUUGGGAUUACGUAUACAUAGUAAGAACUAGCAUAGAGGAUUGGAAAACCACACCUUGGCGUAAAAUCGAUGUUGAGAACAUGGACAUUGAAUGUAAAAAGUUCGCCAAAGAAAUCAGAUUGCUUGACAAGGAAAUGAGAAGUUGGGACACAUACAUAACAUUAGAAGCAACAGUAAAGAAUAUGCUAACAUCACUAAGAGCAGUAGGUGAGCUACAGAACCCAGCAAUCAGAGAAAGACAUUGGGACCAACUGAUGAGUACAACUAAGAGCUUAGCAGCAUUACCACGUGAACUCACUGUGAGAAUCGUAAUGGAUCUUAACACGACGCUGGCUGAUUUACUCGCCUUGAACCUGCACGAAUGUGAGGAAGAAGUGAAGAAUAUUGUAGACAAAGCUGUGAAAGAAAUGUCUAUGGAGAAAGUUCUGAAAGAUCUGCACACUACGUGGAGUCAUUUGGAGUUCGAACAAGAAGUCCAUUCACGAACACAAUGUACGCUGCUAAGAGCUAGCGAAGAGCUGAUUGAAACACUAGAAGAGAAUCAGGUGCAACUCCAAAACUUGAUAACAUCAAAAUUCAUAGCAUAUUUCCUGGAAGAAGUAUCAGGGUGGCAGCAAAAGUUAUCCAUAGCGGACCAAGUGAUCACUGUAUGGUUUGAAGUGCAAAGGACCUGGACGCACUUGGAGAGUAUCUUUAUGAGCUCAGAGGAUAUUAGAAAACAGCUGCCUGAAGACUCAGCUAGGUUUGAUAAGAUUGAUGCCGAAUUCAAAAUAUUAUCAACAGAAAUGGCGAAAACUCCAAAUGUAGUAAAAGGUACUAACAAAGAAGGCUUAGUUGAGCAUUUGGACAAUAUUCAAAAGGAUCUUAUAAUUUGUGAAAAGGCUUUAGCAGAGUACUUGGAAACAAAACGAUUGGCGUUCCCAAGGUUCUAUUUUGUGUCCUCCGCAGAUUUGUUGGAUAUUCUAUCAAACGGGAAUCAAGCUGAUUUAGUUAUCAGGCAUUUAACGAAACUGUUUGAUUCGAUUGCAAAGCUGAAAUUUAUUGAUGAUCAAAAGCCAGGCGAAAAGAUAGCAUCUGGGAUGAUAGCUAAGGAUGGAGAAAUAGUACCAUUCCAUGGAACUUGUGAUUGUACUGGGGCUGUUGAAAUCUGGCUAAACAGACUCCAGGACAUGAUGAGAUCAGCCAUCCGACAUUAUUUCGGAGAAGCAAUAGUUUCUUACGAGGAAAAGCCCAGAGAGCAAUGGCUCUUCGAUUUCAUGGCCCAAGUCUCACUCUGUGGGUCCCAAAUCUGGUGGACGACUGAAGUGAAUAUGGCAUUUGCCAGACUUGAAGAGGGAUAUGACAAUGCUUUGAAAGAUUAUUAUAAAAAGCAGCUAUCACAGCUCAGUACGUUGAUUUCGCUAUUGAUAGGAGAGUUGACGAAGCAAGAUAGGCAGAAGAUUAUGACAAUAUGUACUAUUGAUGUCCAUUCACGAGAUGUUGUGAGUAAAAUGAUUCAGGGGAAGGUUGAGGCUGGUUCGGCAUUUCAGUGGCAGUCUCAGCUCCGGCACAGAUGGGGUGAAAAAGAAUAUCAUUGUUUUGCGAAUAUCUGCGAUGCUCAGUUCACAUAUAGUUACGAAUACUUGGGUAAUACUCCGAGGCUUGUCAUCACACCAUUGACUGAUCGCUGCUACAUUACACUGACACAGUCCCUUCACUUGAUCAUGGGUGGAGGUCCGGCGGGACCAGCCGGUACUGGCAAAACUGAGACCACUAAAGACUUGGGAAGAGCUUUGGGUAUAAUGGUGUAUGUCUUCAACUGUUCGGAGCAAAUGGAUUAUCAGUCUUGCGGCAACAUUUACAAAGGGCUGGCACAAACUGGAGCUUGGGGAUGUUUUGAUGAGUUCAACCGAAUCUCAGUUGAGGUGUUGUCUGUCGUUGCUGUCCAAGUGAAGUCUGUACAAGAUGCCAUCAGGGACAAGAAGGAAAAAUUCAAUUUCAUGGGAGAAAUAAUAUCCCUAACCCCAUCAGUUGGUAUUUUCAUCACCAUGAACCCUGGUUACGCCGGUCGUACGGAACUACCUGAGAAUCUGAAAGCUUUAUUCCGGCCAUGUGCUAUGGUUGUACCAGACUUCGAACUGAUUUGUGAGAUCAUGUUGGUCGCUGAAGGGUUUCAAGAAGCUAAAAUAUUGGCUAGGAAGUUUAUUACGCUGUAUACUUUGUGUAAGGAGUUGUUAUCGAAACAGGAUCAUUAUGAUUGGGGAUUGAGAGCUAUUAAAUCUGUAUUAGUGGUUGCCGGGUCUUUGAAGAGAGGCGAUCCAGGUAGACCAGAAGAAGAAGUACUCAUGAGAACUCUUCGAGAUUUCAACAUACCAAAAAUAGUAACAGACGACAUGCCAGUAUUCAUGGGGCUUAUCGGUGACUUGUUCCCAGCUCUAGAAGUACCAAGAAAACGUGAUCUGGAAUUCGAAAGAACUGUCAAACAAGCUGCUAUGGAUCUGUCUUUACAACCUGAAGACAAUUUCAUUUUAAAAGUAGUACAAUUGGAAGAAUUGCUUGAAGUUCGACAUUCUGUCUUUAUCGUUGGUAAUGCAGGCACAGGGAAGACUCAAGUAUGGAAAACGCUUUUUAAAACUUACCAGAAUCUGAAGAAGAAGCCUAUUUUUAAUGAUUUGAAUCCCAAAGCUGUUACUAAUGAUGAACUCUUUGGUAUUAUUAAUCCAGCUACAAGAGAAUGGAAAGAUGGUUUGCUCUCAGUAAUAAUGAGAGAUCAAGCUAAUCUGGCCGGAGAUAAUCCAAAAUGGAUAGUACUUGACGGUGACAUAGAUCCGAUGUGGAUUGAAUCCUUGAACACUGUGAUGGAUGAUAACAAGAUUUUGACGUUGGCUAGUAAUGAACGUAUUGCUUUGACUCCUGUAAUGAGGCUGAUGUUUGAGAUUUCAAACUUACGUACUGCCACUCCAGCUACUGUGUCUAGGGCUGGUAUUUUAUAUAUAAAUGCUCAAGAUUUAGGAUGGAAUCCGUACGUUACAAGCUGGGUAGAAACAAGGAAGAUACCAGCAGAAAAGUCUAACCUAGUUGUUCUAUUUGACAAGUACAUUCCAUCCUGUCUAGAAACAGUCAGAACUCGCUUCAAAAAGAUCACUCCAAUUGUAGACAUGGCUCAUGUUCAAAUGCUAUGUCAUCUAUUAAACUGUCUGUUUGUACCUGAGAAUACACCUGCAGAAUGUCCGAAGGAGUGGCAUGAUAUAUUCUUUGUGUUCGCUUGUGUUUGGGCUUUUGGGUCCGCUAUGUUUCACGAGGGUAGUGUUGAUUAUAGGAUUGAAUUUUCAAAAUGGUGGAACAACGAAUUCAAGAAUAUCAAAUUCCCUCCUGGCGGGACUGUGUUUGAUUACUACAUAGAUCACGACACUAAAAAGUUUACUCCAUGGACUGAGAAGAUACCAAAGUUUGAAUUGGACAGUGAUGUACCUUUGCAGGCUGUGCUAGUACCGACAGCAGAAACCAUAAGAGUCAGAUUCUUCCUUGAUUUGCUAAUGAAGAACAAGCAUCCAGUGAUGUUAGUAGGCAGUGCUGGUUCGGGCAAAACAGUUCUGGUCAAUGAAAAAUUACAAGGGUUACCAGAAGCAUACGCCAUCCAAUCCGUCCCAUUCAACUUUUACACUUCAUCAGAGAUGUUACAAAAGAUCCUUGAAAAACCCUUAGAGAAGAAAGCCGGCCGAAACUACGGCCCACCUGGGAACAAAACUUUGAUAUACUUCAUUGACGACAUGAAUAUGCCUGAAGUAGAUGCUUACGGGACCGUACAACCCCACACAAUCAUUCGUCAGCAUAUGGACUAUGGCCAUUGGUAUGAUCGUACCAAAUUAUCUCUAAAAGACAUUCACAACACCCAAUAUGUGUCCUGUAUGAAUCCGACUUCAGGCAGUUUUACCAUAAACCCGAGGUUACAGAGACAUUUCUGUGUGUUUGCUAUAAGCUUUCCUAAUAAUGAGGCGUUGAAUAAUAUCUAUCAUUCGAUCCUGAGCCAGCAUCUAAUCAAUCCAGAGUUGAGAAUAAAUCCACAGCUUGUUAAAAUAUCAUCAAAUGUGGUACAAGCAACUAUAACUCUUCAUAACAAAGUGUCUCAAGUAUUCCUACCAACAGCAAUCAAAUUCCAUUACAUAUUCAAUUUGAGGGAUUUGUCCAAUAUAUUCCAGGGUUUCUUGUUCAGUAGCAAUGAAUGUAUAGAGACCACAUCUGAUAUGCUGCGUCUAUGGAUGCAUGAGACAAGCCGUGUGUACGGAGACAAACUAACUGAAGAGAAAGAUAUUGAUGCUUUCCUUAAAGCCCAAGUUGAUAUCUGUAAGAAGAAUUUUGAGGAUAUCGACGAAGGUGUAGUAUUCGAGCGUCCAAACAUCUACUGCCACUUUGCGGGCGGGAUAGGCGAGCCGAAGUACAUGCCCAUCAUGAACUGGGAACAGCUGAACAAACUCCUCACGGAAGCCAUGGCGAGUUACAACGAUCUCAUCGCUGCCAUGAACUUGGUGCUGUUCGAAGAUGCUAUGAUGCAUAUUUGCAGAAUCUCUCGUAUCCUGGAGAGCCCAAGAGGUAGCGCUUUGCUCGUGGGAGUAGGAGGUUCAGGCAAACAGUCGCUGUCACGACUGGCUGCUUUCAUAUCGAGCUUAGAAGUCUUACAGAUACAACUCAAAAAGGGAUAUGGAGUUUCUGAUCUUAAGAAUGAACUAUCUCAAUUGUAUAUCAAGACUGGCCUGAAGAAUGUCGGCAUUAUGUUCCUGAUGACGGACGCUCAAGUAGCAAAUGAACAGUUCUUGGUGCUCAUCAACGAUUUGUUGGCAUCUGGUGAAGUUGCUGACUUGUUCCCUGAUGAUGAAAUGGAAAACAUUAUUGCUGGAGUGAGGAAUGAGGUGAAAGGUGCAGGCCUACCAGACACAAGGGAAACUUGUUGGAAGUUCUUCAUAGACAGAGUUCGUAAACAGCUCAAAGUGGUUCUCUGCUUCUCUCCCGUCGGCUCAACUCUUCGAGUAAGAUCUAGAAAGUUCCCCGCGCUCAUCAACUGUACGUCUAUCAACUGGUUCCACGAGUGGCCUCAAGAAGCUUUGGUGUCUGUGGCCAUGAGAUUCUUAGAGGAGCUUGAUAAUCUGCCGAUCGCUCUCAGAGACUCAAUAUCUAGAUUUAUGGCGUACGUCCACACCUCCGUGAACACGAUGUCCAAAGCAUACCUAGCCAAUGAGAGACGUUACAACUAUACUACGCCUAAGAGUUACUUAGAACAGAUCAGUUUGUAUGCGAAGCUGGUUAAUAAUAAAACUGAUGAACUUCGCGCUAAAAUUGUUAGGCUCGAAAAUGGUCUCGAAAAGCUAGCCAGCACAUCAUGCCAAGUCGAUGCACUGAAGGAAAAGUUAGCAGUACAAGAAGUUGAGCUACACCAAAAGAAUGAGGCAGCUGAUAAAUUGAUUGAGAUGGUUGGCGUUGAGACUGCUAAAGUACAGAGCGAGAAAGCACUAGCCGACGAGGAGGAAGAGAAAGUAGCAGUAAUAGCCGAAGAAGUAUCUAAGAAACAAAAAGAUUGCGAAGAAGAUUUGAUAAAAGCCGAACCAGCGCUCGUAGCUGCCCAAGAAGCUUUGAACACGCUGAACAAAGCUAACCUUACUGAACUGAAGUCUUUUGGUUCGCCUCCCGGUGCUGUGACCAAUGUGACGGCCGCUGUGAUGGUGUUACUUGCUCCUGGUGGCAAGAUUCCUAAGGAUAGGAGCUGGAAAGCUGCUAAGGUCGUAAUGGCAAAAGUGGACGUGUUUCUUGAGUGCCUGAUUCAUUAUGACAAAGAAAACAUUCAUCCUGACGUCAUUAAAGCCAUUCAACCUUAUUUGAAGGAUUCCGAAUUUGAACCAGAGUUCGUAAGAUCAAAAUCGGCUGCAGCUGCUGGUCUCUGUGCCUGGGUUAUUAACAUCAUUAAGUUCUACGAAGUAUUCUGCGAUGUUGAGCCCAAAAGAAAAGCUUUGGCAGCUGCUAAUGCUGAAUUGGCAGCCGCUACUGAAAAAUUGAGAUCUAUCAAAUGCAAAGUUGCUGCUCUAGAAGAAAAAUUGGCGACAUUGACGGCAGAUUUUGAAAAGGCCACUUCAGAAAAGAUGAAGUGUCAAAAGGAAGCCGAUGCAACGAAUGCAACUAUACAACUUGCUAAUAGGCUAGUCAAUGGGCUUGCUAGUGAGAAUGUUAGAUGGGCUGAAGCUGUUUCAAGCCUAAUGCAACAAGGAACCACAUUACCGGGAGAUGUACUACUUGUUUGUGCUUUCAUAUCUUACGUGGGAUGUUUCACCAAACAAUUUAGACUGGAUUUGAUGCAUAAAAACUGGCUUGUUUUCUUGAAGACCUUAGAGCCGCCUAUACCAAUAACGGAAGGUUUGGAUCCACUAACGAUGCUUACAGAUGACACGACGAUAGCAAUGUGGCAAAACGAAGGUUUGCCUUCAGACCGCAUGAGUACUGAGAAUGCCACUAUUUUGUCUAAUUCUGAUCGUUGGCCGCUUAUGAUUGAUCCUCAGUUACAAGGAGUAAAAUGGAUCAAGCAAAAAUAUGGCGAAAAACUACGAGUCAUUCGAUUAGGACAGCGCGGCUAUUUGGACACCAUAGAAAAAGCUAUAAUAAAAGGAGAAACAGUUCUAUUUGAAAACAUUGGUGAGACAGUCGAUCCUGUGUUGGAUCCCUUGCUGGGAAGGACACUAAUCAAGAAAGGAAGAGCAAUAAAGAUAGGUGACAAAGAAGUAGAGUACAGUCCAAACUUCAGGCUGAUCCUACAUACAAAAUUAGCCAACCCUCAUUAUAAGCCUGAGAUGCAAGCUCAAACAACUUUAGUCAACUUCACGGUAACUCGCGAUGGUCUAGAAGACCAGCUCCUAGCUGAAGUAGUUAAAGCAGAAAGACCGGAUCUAGAAGACUUGAAAGCAGAGUUGACAAAACAGCAGAAUCAGUUCAAAAUUCAGUUGAAGUCGCUAGAAGAUGAUUUGCUUUCUCGAUUGUCAUCUGCUGGUGAUGAUAUUCUCGGUGAUACCGCUUUAGUCGAGAAUUUGGAAACUACAAAGAAAACUGCUGCUGAUAUUGAGAAAAAAGUGGCCGAAGCUAAAAUUACGUCAAAGGAGAUUGAUGUAGCUCGUGAAUUCUAUAGACCAGCUUCAGCGAGAGCAUCCUUGCUGUACUUCAUUUUGAAUGACCUCAACACCAUUAAUCCUAUCUACCAAUUUUCUCUCAAGGCCUUCAGUGUGGUAUUCCAAAAAGCGAUAUCUCGUGCAGAGCCAGCUGACGAACUUGGCCAAAGAAUCAAAAACCUAAUUGAUUGUAUUAGCUUUUCCGUUUACCAGUACACCUCGAGGGGUCUGUUUGAGUGCGACAAACUUAUUUUUGCAUCUCAAAUGACAUUCCAGGUGCUUCUUAUGAGCGAAGAGGUAUCAUCAGUGGAACUGGAUUUCUUCCUUCGUUUUCCCAUAAAACCCCACGUAACUAGUCCAGUGGAUUUCCUAUCUAACCAGAGUUGGGGAGGUAUUUGCUCUUUGGCCGGUAAGGAAGAGUUCAGGAAUUUGGACAGAGAUAUUGAAACAUCGCCUAAGAGGUGGAAGAAGAUUGUUGAAGUUGAAUGUCCUGAACGAGAGAAAUUCCCCCAGGAAUGGAAAAACAAGCCAGCUCUUCAAAGACUAUGCAUGUUAAGAGCUCUAAGACCAGAUAGGAUGACAUAUGCUGUGGCGGCAUACAUUGAAGAAAAGAUGGGCGCGAAAUACGUGGAAAACCGAACAGUGGAAUUCAGCAAAUCAUUCGAAGAGACCAGUCCGACUACGCCAAUAUUCUUCAUCCUAUCCCCUGGAGUGAACCCGCUGAAAGACGUGGAAGCUUUAGGCAAGAUCAUGGGUUACACGGCAGAUAAUGGCAACUUCCAUAAUGUGUCGCUAGGUCAGGGGCAGGAGAUUGUCGCUGAACAGGCGAUGGAUGAAGGCCUGCAGAAGGGACAUUGGGUGGUUUUACAGAACAUUCAUUUAGUAAAGAAAUGGCUACCGAACCUCGAAAAGAAGAUGGAGAGCUUUGCAAAUGGUUGCCAUGACAACUUCCGUCUGUUUAUGUCGGCUGAACCGGCCGCUACGCCUGCAGCACACAUCAUACCGCAGGGCAUUCUGGAGUCUAGUAUCAAGAUCACUAACGAACCACCUACUGGGAUGCAGGCUAACAUCCACAAAGCAUUAGACAACUUCAAUCAAGAAACGCUAGAAAUGUGUGGUAAGGAAGCUGAAUUUAAAGCGAUUUUGUUCGCUCUGUGCUACUUUCAUGCUGUCGUUGCUGAAAGACGCAAGUUUGGUCCUCAGGGAUGGAACAAGAUCUAUCCUUUUAAUGUUGGUGAUCUGACAAUAAGCGUGUUCGUCUUAUACAACUACUUGGAAGCGAAUGCAAGAGUGCCAUGGGAAGAUCUCCGUUACUUAUUUGGAGAAAUCAUGUACGGUGGACAUAUUACUGAUGAUUGGGAUCGUAGGCUUUGCAAUGCAUACUUGGAAGAGUUGAUGCAGCCUGACUUAGUAGACGGUGAACUCCAACUAGCCCCGGGGUUCCCAGCUCCCCCCAAUACAGACUACGUAGGCUACCACCAGUACAUAGAAGACGCUAUGCCAGCCGAGUCUCCCUACCUCUAUGGCUUGCAUCCCAACGCCGAGAUCGGUUUCCUUACUACAACUUCUGAGAAUCUGUUUAGGACUAUAUUUGAGAUGCAGCCGAGAGAUGCUCAGGCUUCUGGAGCGGCGACCGUUACUAGGGAGGAGAAGGUAAAGCAAAUGCUAGAUGAAAUAAUAGAGAAGCUACCAGAAGAAUUCAACAUGACUGAAAUCAUGGGCAAAGUAGAAGAGAGGACUCCCUACGUCAUUGUGGCGUUCCAAGAGUGUGAGCGGAUGAACUAUCUCACUGGAGAGAUGAAGAGGUCUCUAAGGGAACUGGAUUUAGGUCUCAAGGGUGAACUGACAAUCACAUCAGAUAUGGAAGAUUUGGAAAAUGCUUUGUUUUUGGAUCAAGUUCCAGCAAUUUGGUCAAGUCGAGCAUAUCCAUCGCUGCUUGGUCUCUCAGCUUGGUUUGUGGACCUUACACUGAGGUUACGAGAACUUGAAACUUGGGCUACUGAUUUUGUCUUGCCAGCAUCAGUAUGGCUGGGCGGUUUCUUCAACCCUCAAAGUCUACUGACAGCCAUCAUGCAGAGCACGGCGAGGAGGUACGAACUGCCGCUGGACAAGAUGUGUCUGCAGUGUGACGUCACUAAGAAGAUGAAGGAAGAGAUCGCCGACACGCGGACCGCACCACGGGACGGCGCAUUCGUCCAUGGUCUGCUGAUGGAAGGCGCGAGGUGGGACCAGCAAGCCGGCAUCAUUAUGGACUCUAAGCUUAAAGAUCUGUUCCCACCUAUGCCUGUGAUUAAUGUUAGGGCUAUAACCCAAGACAAGCAAGAUCUCCGCAACAUGUACGAGUGUCCAGUAUACAAGACGCGUACUAGAGGACCGACAUACGUGUGGACGUUCAACUUGAAGACCAAGGAUAAGCCAGCCAAGUGGACACUAGCGGGCGUUGCUUUGUUGUUACAGAUUUAAUUUUUUUUUGUGUUUCAGUAAUUUUAAAUAUUAUUUUGAAGAUAUAAGUAUUAUUUUGUGCACGGCUUACUUUUGAUUAUUGUAUUAGCACUUAUGUAUAUCUUUUGGAAAUUGCGAUUAAAUCGUGUUGGGAUACGGGUUCACGUUUCUGUUCGUUUAUGCAGAUUUUAUAGAAUUUUAGUUACUGGGCAUCUAUGUAAAUGUUUAUAGUUAAAAAGUGAUGAAAAUAAAUUUUAUUUCAUGUUUU